UUUUCAGCUAUCGACAGACAUUAGGCAUAGACACCAUCACUAGACGGAAGUCCCGUCGAGUGUCGUGUCGAGUCGAAACAAAUGUCAGGUUACUUGUUCACGAAUAAAGUUUUAUUUUACCAACCAAAAAUCCAGUGUUCUGAGUGUUCGUUUUAGUAUAUUAUGUAAUUCAAGCCAGAUAUUAUCCCUGCGACAAUGCAUCUAUUAAUUCUAUAAACCAAUUUGUUACAUGUAAUUCUAGCUAAUACAAAUAAUGGUUUCCAUUCGACGUUCCUGCUCCUUUACAUCGGAAUUUAUAUUAAGAAAACGUGACUUUGUAAGUUUUCAGGGUCAUUACGUGAAUAAACUAGUAUGUCGAGACAAAACACAUCAUUGCCAAUGUCAAGGGAUAAAGCAACGUCGAACUUUUAUCAGUUUCCCAAAAGAAAGUCGCAAAAGGGAAUAUGCUGGCAGACAGUUGGUUGGAUACACAAUGGACCAGAUGUUUGAUGUUGUGUCAGAUGUUGGAAAUUACUACAACUUUGUGCCAUGGUGCAAGAAAUCCCUUGUGGUAAAAAAAACUCCAGACCAUCUCAAAGCAGAAUUAAUUGUAGGGUUUCCCCCUAUAAACGAGAGUUACACAUCUAAUGUGACUUUAGUAAAACCAUAUUUGGUGAGAGCAGAGUGUAUGGAUGGCAAGCUGUUCCACCACAUGCUCACUUUGUGGAGAUUCAGCCCUGGACUAAAACGAGAGCAAAAGUCGUGCGUUGUAGACUUCCAAAUUCAAUUUGAAUUUCGUUCCGCUUUCCACUCUCAUUUGUCAAAUCUAUUCUUUGACCAGGUAGCUCGACAAAUGGAAAGUGCAUUUAUAAGAGAAGCUGGUCGACGAAAUGGUCCAGCCACCAUGCAACCCAUAAAUUUACUUGUAAAUAAACAAGCUUUAAAAAGUUGACAAAAGUAAAAAAGAAUUUAAUAAAUUGUUACUAGUUACCUACUUACCUACCUAUUUAUUGUGUCAAUAUUGUGAUGAUUAAAAAAUAGUUGUGUAUUAUUUAUUUAAGAUAAAACAAUGAUUGCUUUGAAGCAAAGCUUCUGUUUUAAUUCUAUAUAAAUUACCAAGCAUUCUGA